CAUGUGGCGAAGAAAAGACGCACCAAAGGCCUAAGCCUAAAAACAAAACCAUUAAGCAUUUACAUAUUCGGUAUUUGUAGUGUUCACGUCAAGUAGCGUCCAGAAAAGCCACACUGCCCCUACACGCCCCUCUCUAUCUUUCUGUCUCUCAAAAACCCUAGCAAGUCUUCCGCCCAUGGAUAUUGAGGAGGAGAUUCGUUCAUUGCAGCUUGAUUCUGCAGCAGAAGAGAAUAAUGGAGUGAUUAACCCAGAAGAUUCAAAGUUGGAAGAAGUAGACAAGUUGGAUAGAAUGGAGGAAGAUUCCAAAGAUGAUGUUUCUGUAAACUCUAAGGAGGUGCAGGCUGAGUCAAAAGUGAAAGACAAGGAAGUGUCUGCACCAGUAGAUGUUGGAACACCAGAUGAGAUAGAAGAAGACAAUAAGAAGCGGCACUUGAAUGUGGUUUUUAUUGGCCAUGUUGAUGCUGGCAAGUCCACUACUGGAGGUCAGAUACUCUUCCUAAGUGGUCAAGUUGAUGAUCGGACAAUCCAAAAAUAUGAGAAAGAAGCCAAGGACAAGAGCAGAGAAAGUUGGUACAUGGCAUAUAUUAUGGACACUAAUGAAGAGGAGAGGGUUAAGGGUAAAACAGUUGAAGUUGGAAGAGCACAUUUUGAAACAGAGACAACUAGAUUUACAAUUCUAGAUGCACCAGGUCAUAAGAGUUAUGUUCCUAAUAUGAUUAGUGGAGCAUCUCAAGCUGAUAUUGGUGUAUUGGUGAUUUCUGCUCGAAAAGGAGAAUUUGAAACUGGAUAUGAGAGAGGUGGCCAGACCCGUGAACAUGUUCAACUUGCAAAGACAUUGGGGGUGUCUAAGCUUGUUGUUGUUGUAAAUAAAAUGGAUGAUCCAACUGUAAACUGGUCAAAAGAAAGGUAUGAUGAAAUUGAGUCAAAGAUGACACCUUUUCUGAGGUCUUCAGGCUACAAUGUGAAGAAAGAUGUCCUGUUCCUACCAAUUUCUGGUCUGCUUGGUACAAACAUGAAAACUAGAAUGGACAAAAGUGUCUGCUCAUGGUGGAAAGGCCCCUGUCUUUUUGAAGCUCUUGAUGCCAUUGAAGUUCCUCUACGAGAUCCAAAAGGUCCUUUCAGGAUGCCUAUUAUUGACAAAUUUAAAGAUAUGGGCACUGUAGUCAUGGGCAAAGUAGAAUCGGGUAGUGUCACUGAGGGUGAUACCUUGCUGGUCAUGCCAAAUAAGACUCAAGUGAAAGUUGUUGCUGUAUAUUGUGAUGAAAACAAAGUUAGACGUGCAGGACCUGGAGAAAAUCUUCGUGUUAGGUUAUCUGGGAUUGAUGAUGAGGAUAUAUUGGCAGGUUUUGUCUUAUCUGGUACUGCAAAGCCAAUAGCUGCAGUUACAGAAUUUGUUGCUCAGUUGCAGAUCCUUGAAUUGCUGGACAAUGCAAUUUUUACAGCUGGCUAUAAGGCUGUUUUGCACAUUCAUUCUAUAGUUGAGGAAUGUGAGAUUGUUGAACUACUACAACAAAUUGAUCCAAAGACAAAGAAACCUAUGAAAAAGAAGGUCCUAUUUGUGAAGAAUGGUGCUGUUGUUGUGUGCCGUGUUCAGGUAAAUAACAUGAUAUGCAUUGAGAAGUUCGCAGAUUUUCCUCAACUCGGCAGGUUUACUCUUCGUACUGAGGGGAAAACAGUUGCAGUGGGAAAAGUGACUGAACUUCCUUCAGGUUCUACUUUUUAAACAAUUUUGGUGUUACAGGCGACUUAAAAGAAAAAGAAUAGCUUUUCUCUUUUUGUGUACUUUUGAGCCCAAAAUACGUGGAUUGAGAUGAUUUUUAUGGAGUGAAGCUCAUCGUCUAGUUGUCGCGCGUGAGCUAGUUAUUUUUGUUGGUAGUGGGUUGUUCUCAAAUCCCGAUUUAUCAGAGGCAUUAUUUAUUAUGGUGUUUAGAUCUACGAAUGUAGAGUAUAACCCCUUAAUGGGUGGUAUUAUUAAUGAGUUGAAUUAUUGAAGUCUUUUCUUUUCUCAAUCAUGAUAUGAUUCCCUGAGUUCUGAAUGUAUACUUUUAAAGUGUAUAUCUGUUCCAAUUAUUGCAAGUGUUAUUUUCUCUU